ACACGUUUCGAGGAUACACAGCGCAGCAGUCCAUCUUCAAACGCUCAGUACAUUGACGAGUUGCAGGUCACUUUUCUCUGCAUCCAUCCACCACGUCGUUCCGCAGACUUUUCUCCAGAGUUGUGUGCUACUCCAACAUGGGGAAAAGAAGCAGGCAGCGACAGAAAAACCAGACUGCUGGCAGGGACGACAGAGACAACGCUGGCUGGGGAGCUGGCUAUGCUGACAUUGUCAAGGAGAAUAAGCUGUUUGAGCACUACUACAAGGAACUAGGCCUAGUGCCUGAAGGAGAGUUUGAACAGUUCAUGGAGGCCAUGAGGGAACCGUUGCCAGCAACCAUCCGCAUCACUGGGUACAAGAGCCAUGCUAAGGAAAUCCUCCACUGUCUGAAGGAAAAAUACUUUAAGGAUAUUCAAGAGCUGGAGAUCGAUGGUCAGAAGACUGAGGCUCCACAGGCUCUGAGCUGGUAUCCUGAUGAGCAGGCCUGGCACACCAACAUGAGCAGGAAGAUCAUCAGGAAGUCACCCCUGCUGGAGAAGUUCCACCAGUUUUUGGUCAGCGAGACAGAGUCUGGUAACAUCAGCCGACAGGAAGCUGUCAGUAUGAUCCCUCCUCUCCUCCUGAAGAUUGAGUCCCACCACAAGAUUCUGGACAUGUGCGCAGCUCCAGGGUCGAAGACAGCCCAGCUGAUUGAGAUGCUCCAUGCUGACAUGGACGUGCCGUUUCCAGAGGGCUUUGUCAUUGCCAACGACGUGGACAACAAACGCUGCUACCUGCUUGUGCACCAAGCCAAGCGCCUCAACAGCCCCUGCAUCAUGGUGGUCAACCACGACGCCUCCUGCAUCCCCACACUCAAGAUCGACUCAGAUGGCAAGAAGGACGUCCUCUUCUACGACCGCAUCCUGUGUGACGUACCCUGCAG